CCUUCACCUUGGACAAAAGUUUGAAAAAAGCCUUUUUCUUCAAGGACGGUGUACAGAUGUCAUUCGGAACUGGUACUAAAGCGUCCCCUCCAUUGCURCCUGUUCGCAACGUGUUUGAUAUUGGUCUCAAUCGAGGUGCUAACUCAGUCAUGACAGGCUGGAUAAAGGAUCUUAUGGUAUUCAAUCGAGCGCUGACGAUCGGGGAAAUUAGGAGUAUCAAAGCUGCAACAAGCUUAGACUUCAACKUUUGGAUUGGAGCUCCUAAAACUUACUUAAACUUUGCGCCCGACCCACAGCCCAGUACCAGCUGCGUGUCUAUGAGAGCCUUGGGUAAAUACCAAUGGAAGAAAGCCGAGUGUCAGAAGAAGAUGGAGUUUAUCUGCAGUAAACCGGUUUAAAAGCACAGCACAACACUAUAUUAAUAGCGGUAGRUCUACAGCUAAAGUAAUCAAGACAUAUUCAUAGCGGCCAUAAAGUGUUAGUAAUUAUGACUUCCUAGCAUAACACUAUUCUCUACUUUCACAUCCCCAUAAUGCCUUGCCGCCGCUAUUAGUGU